UCGUCAGAUCGUCGCUUCAACGUUCACCACCACACUACCACCCUCCAAACCACCUCGACCUGCUCUUUCUGUUUCGGGUUUUAACAGUCAUUGUUAACCGGCUGAAAUUUUUUCCUUCCUUCCUUGUGCGUGUUUCAUCGGAUUUUUCAGAGAUCGGUGGACGGUGUGAUUUUUUAGUGCGGUUUGUGGUUGGAAGACUGAACUUUGUCCGCCAAGAAGAAACACGAACAUCAAGAUUAAAGCUAUAAAGAGCAGGCCUAACGGCCCCAUGAUGACGAUGGACGUGUCGAAGACCGAGACGGCGAAAACGGGCGCUGGCGGAGCGGGCGGCGCCCCCCAGGAGUGUGCCGGCUGCUGCAAACCCAUCACCGAACGGUUCCUGCUGAAGGCCCUCGACUUGUACUGGCACGAGGACUGUCUGAAGUGCGGCUGUUGCGAUUGUCGUUUGGGCGAAGUUGGUUCCACGUUGUACACCAAGGCGAAUCUGAUUCUGUGCAAGAGGGAUUAUCUGAGAUUGUUUGGAAACACCGGCUACUGUGCGGCUUGCUCGAAGGUCAUUCCAGCCUUCGAAAUGGUGAUGAGGGCCAGGAGCAACGUCUAUCACUUGGAGUGCUUCGCCUGUCAACAGUGCAAUCACAGGUUCUGUGUCGGCGACCGAUUCUAUUUGUGCGAGAACAAGAUCCUCUGCGAGUACGAUUACGAAGAGAGGCUGGUGUUCGCCAACAUGGCCUACAACCCACCACCGUUGUCCCACCUGAAACGGCAAACAUCCAUUCCACCGACAUCGCUCCCCAGUCACAUGAUGAACGGACACAGGCCGCCGCAUUUGGCGCCCACAAACGGAGACAUGAACAACAACAUGUCGGGUUCGGGCGGCGCCCAACCGCCCAGUUCGAUGGCUAGUCAAUCAUUCUCGACCGCCCACAUGAAAAACAGUCCGAUGUCUUUGGGGGCGACCAGCUGAAGACGUCUGUGAAACCGCCUGUGAUCAAACUAAUCCUGUCUGUUGUAAAUAGUCGCGGGGUUUUCCUUUCUCAACUCAAAAUGAGAAACAUGCUCAAUUCUAUCGACGUAUGUAUACCAUGUGUAAGCAAGUCUCGUUUUCGUUGAUAUACAUAAAGUGCAAUCUAUGACUCGUUUAAACUAAUUAAUACUCUCGAAACAUGAUCUCAUUCUCGAACACAACUGAGAAUCUAGUCAAGUUUUCGGUUAAUUCAAUUCAAAUAUUAAUUACCUACUUGAAUGUUACAGAUUCGCCACUUGUAUAAAAACCAAAAAAGCAAACUGUUAGUGUAAAAAGUGAUUACCAAUUAAGAUUGUAAAAUAAUUGAAAUAAAUAGUUGUUUUCAUAUAAAUGUUAUUAUUGCUACUAUUAUAUUUAAGGUUAUUCCAUUUUUGACCGUUGCCAUUUUCAAACAUGUUGUUUUUAUUAUCAUUAUUAUUGUACUAUUUUUAUUAUUAUUUUUAAUGUAAAUAAUUGCGAAAGAAUCAACUAUUGUUUUUUGUAUAAAAUGAAUACAAAAAAAAAAGAAAUAUGAAUAGUGCCAAGUUUAGACUUUUGUGUACAGUACAAAUAUAUUGUAAAAUGUAUGCAAAUAUUAUACCAAUGAUUUUGACCAAAGAAAUAAAUAGAUUUCCUUGAAA